GCCCUAAACUCAUCGAACCCGCCGCGAGUCUCUGCAGAGUGAGGAAGACGACUCGUCCAUGGCUGACGUUGAGAAUCAGCAGGAGUCUUCGUUUCCGGUGAAGCGGAAGUCGGAUCUCUGUUGCCAAGAGGAGGAUCAUGUGCCGAGCAAAGCUCAGAAGCUUGAUCCGUCGUCGAAUUCUAAAGACGGAGAAGUUAACGGAAGCGGCGUCGAGAAUCUUGCAGCUGAAGAGAAGAAAGAAGGUGGAGAUGGAGAAGACGAGGAUGAAGAAGAAGAGGAGGAGGAGGAGGUUGAUAGGAAAGGGAAAGGCAUAUCGAGAGAGGAUAAAGGAAAAGGAAAAAUGAUCGAAGUUGAGGAGAGUGACGAGAGUGAUGAUGAUGAUGAUGAAGACGACGAAGAUGGCGAUGAAUAUGAUGAAAGUGAUUUGUCAGACGAUCCUUUGGCGGAGGUGGAUUUGGAUAAUAUCCUACCGUCGAGGACUAGGAGACGAUCGAUCCAGCCUGGAGUUUUCAUCUCUAAUGACCGUGGUGGAGUUAACGAGGAUGAUGAUGAUGAUAGCAGCGACGAUAGUGACGCUUAAAACGUUGGUUAGUGUUGAGAUUUUAGUAAAGAGAGUUCGUCUCUUGUUCAGUGGUUAUUGGUCUUAAUCUAGUGUUUGGAACUCUUGAACCGAAGUGUGUUAUAUAUAUAUAUAUCUAUGAUGUUAUUCAGUUA